UCGUGUGUAAGGGCUUGUGAGGAGCUGAAAAGCCUUGCACGUCGGGGCAGCAAGACAGAACCUAGGGCGUGCGCGGAGCCUCCCAGUGUCUUGCUCCUUUGGCCGCAGCCAUGACAGAGACCUCUGACAAAGUUCCUAUCGCCCUGGUAGGGCCUGACGACGUCGAGCUUCGGAGUUCGCGGGCGUACGCCACAGUGACCGUUAAGCCCUCCAGCCCCGCACGGCUGCUCAAGGUCGGAGCUGUGGUCCUCAUUUCGGGGGCGAUGCUGCUGCUCUUCGGAGCCAUCGGGGCCUUCUACUUCUGGAAGGGAAGUGACAAUCAGAUUUACAAUGUCCAUUACACCAUGAGUAUCAAUGGGAAACUACAAGACGGGUCCAUGGAAAUAGAUGCUGGAAACAACGUGGAGACUUUUAAAAUGGGAAGUGGAGCUGAAGAAGCAGUUGAAAUUAAUGAUUUCCAGAAUGGUAUCACAGGAAUUCGUUUUGCUGGAGGAGAGAAGUGCUACAUCAAAGCGCAGAUGAAGGCUCGCGUUCCUGAGGUGGGCACCGCGGCCAAGCAGAGCAUCUCCUCCGAGCUGGAAGGCAAGAUCAUGCCAGUUAAGUAUGAAGAAAAUUCUCUUAUCUGGGUAGCUGGAAACCAGCCCGUGAAGGACAAUAGCUUCUUGAGUUCUAAAGUCAUAGAACUCUGUGGUGACCUUCCUAUUUUCUGGCUUAAACCAACAUAUCCAAAAGAAAUCCAGAGAGAGAAAAGAGAAUUGGCAACACAAAUUUUUACAACUACUACAAGAAGACCACACAGCGGACCACGGGGCAACCCAGGCCCUGGAAGACCAAAUAACAAAACCAGACCCGGUGUUCAACAGGAUUCAGAAGCCUUCAACCCAGACAACCCUUACCACCAGCAGGAAGGGGAAGGCAUGACAUUCGACCCUAGACUGGAUCAUGAAGGAAUCUGCUGUAUAGAAUGCAGGCGGAGCUACACCCAUUGCCAUAAGAUCUGCGAACCCCUGGGGGGCUAUAAUCCAUGGCCCUAUAAUUAUCAAGGUUGCCGUUCAGCCUGCAGAGUUAUCAUGCCAUGUAGCUGGUGGGUGGCCCGCAUCUUGGGCAUAGUGUGAAGUCACUCUGUAUACCAGGUGCUGUAAAGGAAGAAUUAACCCAAGAGACAACCAAAGAAUAAAGCAUCUUGACGCUGAAGGGACCACAAAGUGUAUUAUAUGCAGUCUGCGUGACGUCCCUUCACACUUUUAAAAUAACUUUCUCCAUUGCUUUACAGAACUUUAUCCAUAUGUGCAAAUGUACUGAAAAGGUAGUCUAAAAUGUCAUACUUUCAUUACUUGCUAUUUUUUAUUUGCUUUGUCCAUAGGCCUGCUUAUAAGACCUCCUUC